AAGGGCGGAGAGCUGGACUUCUCCACCUUCCUGACCAUGAUGCACCAGCAGAUCCAGCAGGAGGAUCCCAGAGCAGAGAUCCUGGAGGCCAUGAGGAUGACGGACAAGCAGAAGAAGGGCUACAUCCUAGCCUCGGAGCUCCGGGCCAAGCUCACCGGGCUGGGAGAGAAGCUCACUGAUAAAGAAGGUAAGGGUCAUAAACACGCAUGCCACAUGUAUACGAGAGAGUGUAGAGUGUAUGUAUGUGCAUUGUGUUUGUUUGUUCAAACCCCACACAUCCAGAAUCACGGGUGUGCAUUAUUGUACCAACUUAACAACAUUUCAAUGGUAGUAAAUGUAAUUGAAUUACUUUGUUACUUUAUUACACCCAAACUGUAUAUUCUGUUUGAAAAACACUUGACAUUUGACAUAUGUAUGACAGAGAUUGUAUACCAGUAGUCAUAAAAUGUCUUAAAACAUUCAAAGACCAGUGAUGAAAUGACUGAUUCGAUGAGUUAUAAUUAAGUUGUGUGGGCGUCAUCUUCUCACUUCCCUGCAGUUGACGAGCUGCUGAAAGAGACUGGUGUGGGACCAGACGGACGUGUCCACUACGAGGAGUUCGCCAAAACAAUGACCCUUCCUUCUACAAACUGCUGA